AUUCGAAAUGAAUCUCAAGAUUUCCCAUACAAAGUAGCUAAAUAUCCAGAAAACCGGGUUCGAAACAGAUAUAGAGAUGUCAGCCCGUUUGACCACAGCCGUGUGAAGCUUCAGAAAGCAGACAAUGAUUAUAUCAAUGCAAGCCUAAUUGUUAUGGAAGAAGCCCAGAGAAACUACAUUUUAACCCAGGGUCCACUUCCAAACUCUUGUGGUCACUUCUGGCAAAUGGUUUGGGAGCAGAAAAGCAGAGCAGUUGUGAUGUUGAAUCGUGUCAUUGAAAAAGGAUCAGUAAAAUGUGAAAAGUAUUGGCCAAGCAAGGAAGAUGAAGUAAUGUCAUUUGAAGACACUCAGUUCAGCUUAAAAUUGUCGUCUGAAGACGUGAAAUCAUACUACACUGUCCGACAACUGCAAUUACAAAGAACUUCAACUGGAGAGACCAGAGAGAUCCUACACUUCCAUUAUACUACUUGGCCUGAUUUUGGAGUACCAGAAUCCCCUGCUUCAUUCCUUAAUUUUCUGUUAAAAGUGAGGGAAUCUGGCUCAUUGAGCUCUGAUUGCGGACCUGCUGUCAUUCACUGUAGUGCAGGCAUUGGGCGUUCUGGUACCUUCGCAUUAGUAGAUACUUGUCUUGUUUUGAUGGAGAAACGCAAAGAUCCUUCCACUGUGGACAUCAGAGAAGUAUUAUUAGAAAUGCGAAAAUAUCGGAUGGGACUCAUUCAGACUCCAGAUCAGUUGAGAUUUUCAUAUAUGGCAGUUAUAGAGGGAGCAAAAUAUAUCAAGGGAGAUUCAUCUGCACAGAAGAGAUGGAAAGAGCUAUCUAAUGAAGACCAAGAUCCUGUAACUGAUCAUGCAUCUCCACCUCCUCAGCCUCCAAAACGCACCCUUCCACGACAGAAUGAAAAUAGGGAUCCUGAUAUAACGAUGGAAGAAACAAUAGAACCAGAAAAUAACAGCUCUACGGAGGAACCCUUUGGCAAAGAACAAGAAAACACAGAGAACAAAGCCAAUAACCUUCGGAAACGACAUCGUGAGGAUAGGAUAGCAAGUACAGCGCAGAAGGUGCACAGAAUGAAACAGAAACUAAGUGAAACUGAGGUGAAACGAAAAAGGUGGUUAUAUUGGAGACCUGUUCUCAUUAACAUUGCUGCAGUUGCUACUCUUGCAGUUGGAGCUAUUGUUUGCUGCUCUAUGUACUUCCAAAGAUAAAUUGUAUAACUAUGCAUUUAAUGACGUGCAGAGGCAUGUUACAUCAGAGGUGUAAGGUGCUGAGGAAUCAUAUCUCCCUUGCACAAGAGCAAGGUGUUUAUUUGAGGAUUGACAGGUCAGAGGAUAAUGCACUAGAAUGGGGGUACUGCUUGUGUUUUACUCAAGUUUGCAGCAUUGAUUCUCAGGUUCUUUAUAUUGCCAGGUGUUUGGAUAAUUAAAACCACCGAAUAGAAAAAUCUUGUUGUAAAUAUGUUAUCAGAUCUGUUCUGCAAUAAACAUUUAGUUAAAAAUUGUGCUUCCAUUGAAAGCAGUCUCUCUCCUGUUUCUUGCUGGUGUUUUCCAGGAGGAAGUUGUUUCUGUUUUGUUUUUGCUACAUCGUGGGACACCUGUACCUAGCAGAGUGGCUAUCUGAUGAAACCCUAAAAUUUAGCAGGCUGUUUUGAGUUUUCGUUCCCGUGAAAGUCAAACCAGCAAGUAACAGGAAGAAACUUGCCUUGCCACUGGACCUCUUCCUUAUUGUUUUAGCCUGCUGCUGCUGUUCUUCAUUUCUUAAACUGUUUUUUCCUCCUUUUCAAUCAGCAGAAUUGCUGUACACUUAAAAGCAUUUCCAUGAUUUUCUUGUUAAAGAAAAAACCUCAGGCAUAAAAUAUUAUUUUUCUUUUGGUUUUAUUUACGCUGCUGUGCAUAGUGUGCAGUUGGUCAUUUAGCAAGGGCAUAGGAAGAUUUCUGGAAAUACAAUUUUUAAUUUCUUUUUCAAACAUCAAACAGUGACUGAAAUAUUUGGAUUGUUUACUGGAUCAUUAUGUAUGUUUAAAAUACUAGUUAACUCCUUAACCCAUAGAGGUUUCAAAGAAAUGUGCUAUCCUUAGAUAGGCCAUUCAUUUUCAUGAUUGAAUGAAGUAUGUUUUCCAGUUUGAGUAUUGAAUAUUUCGCAAUAACUUUUUUUAUUCAACACUUUGAUUUUCUCGACAUGCUAUCUACAGUAUUUAGAAACAAUAACCAUGCCUUUUUUAAAGAAAAUACUCAAUACGUUGUAAAGGCACUGUUGCAUAAAUGCUGCCAAGAUGUCCAAAGAUGCUUCUGUGGGUUAAAGAGUUGAGAAGUGUUUCUUGCUAGUGUUGGUUAAUAAUGUGACUUUCCGAAUAUGAAAUAGUGGAACAAGGCUAUGUAUUGGCCCAGGAGGGGAAAUCUGUUGACAUUAACACAACAGAUCCCACUCAAUAAAUUGUUGCAGUUUUACAUUCCAGUAAGACCAGUUGAAUAAUAUUUAGAUUUCAGUGGUUCGUUAUAUUGUAUAUUUGUAUUGGAGAUAAUGCAACAUAUAAUAAAAUGAGGGGUUGUUGUAAACUUACUGGUUCAGGUUCUGAGGAUGUAAAUAGUGCAGAUCUGUUCUAAAAUGCAGUACUGAUUGCUACAAGAUAUGAUUGAUGACCCAUACCAAUGCAUUAGCAUUCUUUCAUGCUAGAAAUCUUGCAUCACAUUAAAUUUUAUUAUUUAUUAUUGAUGUGCUCCUUAAAGUUCAGUCCAUAUUUUUGUUUAAACUCCAUUUUUUUCAAAGAGAAAAUUCAAGUUCUUGGACCAGUUAUUUUACAAUCCUGUGUGGCGGGUUGAGGGGGGAGCAGAAAUAAAGUUGUAAGCCUUGAUGACAAUGCACUGACAGGCUUAAAAAUGGAUUGUAUCAAUAAUUUAUUCUUGACUGAUUACUGACAACCAUAAGCAAUAUGUAAUGCAUUAAGGAUAUCUAGUCUGUUGUUACAAUUCUGUAUUGAAAAAAUCGUUUACCCUCUCUACCCCCACCAAAUCCUGAAUGUGACAAGGGACACAUUGCGGGCAGUGUUUCUUUUCACAGACUGGAUAUGCACUGUUUCCUCUUCCCUUUCAUUAACUCUAGUAUGUGAACUGUGAACAUUUGAUAGUUAUGUUUCUCAUUCUGCUUUUCUUCUCAUGUAGGACUAAUGUUGUAGUUCAAUAUAUGAGGAAUUUUCUAUGUUUCAACCAUUUUUA